GUGUUUGGGAGGAUACUGAUCAGGAGGACAGCAGAAGCAGCGGCGGCGGCUCCAGGAGGUCCGGACUGGGUGAAUGUGAGCAGCAGGGACAAUGUUCCAGAGUGUGGGACUCAUCUGUGCUGCCUUGCUUUCAGCUGUGGCAGCAGCAACAAUAGAGAGAGUGGAGCAUGACUACUUCAGAUAUCACCCCAUGCCAGAGAUCACUGACUGGAUGUGGCUGAUGGUGAAGGAUCACCCCGAUCUGGUGACCGUGGUGGACUACGGCAGGACUCAUGAGAACAGGACCAUCAGCUUACUGAAGAUCGGCCUGGACACCGGAUUGAAGAAGAAAGCCGUGUGGAUGGACUGUGGGAUUCACGCCCGGGAGUGGAUCGCUCCAGCCUUCUGUCAGUACUUCGUCCGUCAGAUUCUUCAAACGUCCAAAACGGAUCCUAAAAUGGAGCUGAUGAUGAAGAACCUGGACUUUUACGUCACGCCGGUGUUCAACGUGGAUGGCUAUGUCUACUCCUGGAAGGACAACACGACUCGCCUGUGGAGGAAAAACCGCUCAGCAAGUCCUCCGGGUUGUGACUGCCAAGGCACCGAUCUCAACCGCAACUUCGACUCCAACUGGGGCACAGUUAGAGUGUCUUCGGACUGCUGUUCAAACCGCUAUGGUGGCACUGGUCCCAUGUCUGAGCCCGAAACUCAGUUCCUGACCUAUUUCGUGGGAAGCCGGAAGGACGACUUCCUGUGUUUCCUCACCAUCCACUCCUACGGCCAGCAGCUCCUGUUUCCAUACGGACACCCCAACUUCACCGCCUCCAACUACGCUGAGCUGAUGGAGGUGGGACUCGCUGCAGCUGAAGCCAUUCAGGAAGCCCAUGGGAUGAUCUACGAAGUCGGGACCCCUUCAGAUAUCUUAUAUUCCUUCUCUGGAUCAUCCCAGGACUGGGCUCACAUGGUGGGCAUCCCUCUGGCCUUCACCUUUGAGCUGAGGGACAACGGCACCUUUGGCUUCGAGCUCCCAGAGGAUCUGAUCCAGCCCACCUGUGAGGAGGCCUACAGCGGGGUCCUGCACAUCAUCACCUACGCCCACGACAAGGCCUUCAGCGCCGCCGCCCCCGCCGCCACCGCUGCCGCCGCCGCCAUCUGGACGGUGCUGUUCGCAGCAGGGACCACCACAGUCUCUCUGAUGUGAAGGGAGACGCAGGAUAACUGGAAAAUAAACUGUCUCGAUGGAAUAUCUGCACCUUAGACACAAAAACUGUGUUCAUGAAUGAUGUUGGAAUUCAUCUCAUUUUUGAAUUAUAGAGGUUUGUUUGUUUACAAUCACGGACAGCAAUAUAAACAAAUUACUGCAUGAAAGCAUUUUAUAGAAACAGUCACAGGCAGCAAAUGUUCAGCUUUUUCAAUUCUUGUGAGAAAGUGAAUUUCAGUUAAAAAAUAAAAAAGCACACAAGAUGUAUGAGAACUAGAGUUUUCCUCGUGGUGUGUGGAGUCCUCAGAGACUCUCUCGCUCCUCAGUGGAAACUAAUCCCAGAAUUCAGGAGCUUAGCUCAGUCCUGUGUGAAUAUUAAAGCUUUAAAGCGACACUAAGGAACUUUUCAACCUUAAUAAAACAUUUUAAUAUCUUUUGUGAAGAUACAUUGACUUACAACUAGCUGAGUGACCCUCUGUCACGGGCUGAGGGCGUCUGUACUGCUUUCACUUGGACUGAGCAGCUGUGAGGAGGAUGGUAGGAACCCUGCACACUAAAAAACUCAAAAUGUGCGGACUGCUUUACGGCAUG